AUGUCCAUUAACAUUCUCUGGUAAAGUGUACACAAAAUAUGUAUGGAAUCAGAAAACAUUGAUGGACAAUAUAAAUCAAGUCUUUCGUGUUAUUGGUUGAUGAAAGUUUUGAUUAGAACUAUAUUUUAAACGUAUAAUUUGUUUAUGAGUAUUAAUAAAAAGUGGAUGCUAUAUUGAUGUGAAUGUAAGCGAAGGAAGAUAACACCAUCUUGUGAAUAUUGUAGGAUGGACGCUACACCCCGUGUGCCACGAAUUUAGUGGAUUUUAAGCCACCUUCUGCAAGGAAGAUACCAUCAAGAUCUUUUUAGUACGAUUUAAAAAUAAUAAGCUUAAAUAUGUACUUAUAUACAUCUUUAUAAAGAUGAAUAUACACAAUGCGUCAGUUACCAAGGCGUCGAAUAUCUAAAUCAUUGUGGAAGCUGUAAAAAUAUACUUAUACGUGUUUAGAAAAUGGCCAACAGUGAAGUUAGUGUAAACAAUCUAUGGCUAUUGCAUUAAUAGGGGCAUACAUACGUAUGCAAGCAAAAUAUUUUAUUAUUUGAAGCAAACAAUAGAAGUUUGGUAUACAUAACGCGCGUGUAUUUACAUAUGUGGAAUGGCAAAGUAAAGAAAUAGAAAUACAGAAAGUUAGAGUUGUUAUUAUUCGGAAUGAUUCUAAAUGUGUUUGAAACAAAAAUUAAUACUAAUUUCUGAGCAGCCAAAAGUUGUACAAAUUUAUAUUACCUCACAAUUCAAAUUAAAAACAAAUUUAAAUAUAUCAUUGAGUUCUCAAUACCCUUUACAUGCUCAGGAUUUGUCGUGCGGGUAUAAGAGUGAGGAAGAAAACUAGCAUGCUGCACUGGUAAACUUAUUUUUCCUGCUGGCUUUGUUCAGAUUUAUGCAUGUUGCGUUAGCAUAGCAUGAAGCUUGCGAUAAUAUAACUCCAGUGGAUCUGUUAUAAAUAUAUGUUAGAAAUAUAUCCAUCAACAUCAGUUAAACAAAAUAUAGAAGGAUUUCUUAAAGAUAUGUGUUAAGCUUGCUUCAAUAGGAACCGAAAAAUAAACUCGAAUAUAAGCAAUAGGAAAUUUAAUUGAUUAUGUCGAGUUUUAUGAGCGAAAGUGGAACUUCUGCAGAAUUACAACUUAGUAGCAGAGUUGUGGCUGUAGUAUCUGCAACAUCGGCGGCAGCAGUGGCUGCAACUGCAUUUGUCGGGAGUUCAAAUCAAAUGAAUUCGGAAAACUCAAUUAUGCAACGGGACAUGUCCGAGACACUUGCAAUUAGCUGUUGUGACGACAUGGUUAGUAAAAAUUCUGCGAUCGAAGAAGAGAACCGCAUUAGCGAUACCAGGGGCAACAUAAAUCUAUCAUUAAUGCAAAACUCGCCUCCACCCCAUAGUUACCGUCAUUCGCGUGCCUAUCGUCAUUUUAAAAAUCCACCACAACCACAUAUGUGUAUCCGCACAACCUCAGAAUCAGGUGAAGAACUAUUUAUUAAUGUACUUAGUUGGACGAGAAUAGUAAUACCGCAAGAGCCUACCGAUCCUAUACCAUUGUACGGAGGAAUGAGGGUGCCUCCAGGUAGUCCUCGAAGCCCGCCAAUUGUUUUUGCUGUUAUGGCAAAUCCAGAAGUUUUAAAAGAUUCUGGACGUCAUAGCAAAGACCCAGAGGAGCGCCGAGCUAUGGUGGAAUUAAUGUGUGACUUUGUAGAAGCAAUGAAUCCUGGUCUUAAAUUAGUAAGUUUAUCUUAUUUUAGGAACGCCAUUAUUCUAAAGGAUAGGGAUAUAUCUGGAGAACUAAAAGAUGUCUGGAGUGCAGUGCAAGCUCAAAGAGAUCGAGAACGGGAGGAACAAAUUAUACAACAACGACAGCAGCAUCACUUUCACAGCAUCACCACUCAACAGAUGUUUCCAAAGUCUACUGAAGCUGUUCGAAUCUCCGAACAGAAACAAAUCAAUUCAAUAUGUACAGAAAAAUCGGAUAAACUUUCGCUUAGCAGUUUAUCUGAGAAAUCCUUAAAUAGAGAUUUUUCUGUGCAGUCAGAUAGCACAAAUACAUCUGCGACAGGAGAUUACACCGUAUAUAUAAAGGACACUGUAAAAUUAAAACAAUCUCGAGAAACUUAUGAAAUAUGUGCUAAUAUUUCAAGUGGCGGUGAUGAUGGGAUUACUACUUUAAGUGACGGAAAGGAUCAAACAGAUGCCACUAAUAAAUUAUCUGCCAAAACCGAUACUUGCGAUAUUAGAGAAGUAUCUGUAAAAAGUCUUUCUAGCUCUAAACUUAUAAUCGGAGAAGAAAGAAAUAAAAGUAAAGGUGUUGAACAUAUUGAUAGUCCUUCGCCUUUAUCAUCUAGCACAGUACUCAAAAUAGAAACUUCCGCUACAAAUAACGUAGGUACAAGUUCAGGACUUACAACUUCCAAUCAUAUAAAAACUAACCCAAUGGUUUCCGCCGCGGUAUCCGCAUCAACCAUUACUAAAAAAGAUAAAUUAGUUGGGUUUUUACCUAACGGAUGCAUAUUCCCACGUUUCAAGAAUUAUAAAAACAAAGAUAAAGAUAAAGAAACCAAAUCGAAAGAUAAAGAUAAAACUUUACUCAAUGCUUUGAAAAAAAGCAAAGACAAAAAAGUCGCAAGUGUUGAAAAUUGUGAGAAAUCUUCUGUGGAUUUUGAUCCAAAGAUAAAUUACGAAAAAAACUGUAUUAGUUUAGAAAAUGAGAUACAAAACUUAGAUCUCAAUAAAAUCGAAACAACUGCAAGUGGUGACAACAUGUAUGCUAAGCUGAAAAUCGCUGCUACUUCGGCGUCAGCAAAAUAGAUAGGUAUAUUCUCCUGUAUUAUUUUAUUGCUAAAUGCACAUAUAUAUAUUAUGCACAUACAUAUAUACUCAUUAAAUAAGAUAUGUUUAACAAGUCCGAUGACCUGUUUUGUAGGGGACUUUAAUGUUAAAACGAAAUAUUAGCCCUUACUAAUACAAGUUUCGUUUCAAUACUAAAUUAUCAAUUUAUUCUGAUAAGUUUUUAUUUUAUAUGAUUAUAAAAUGAAAUAAUUUGUUUACAUGUGUAUUAAUUUUUACAUAUAAAAUCUUAACCCUAAAUGUAACUAACACUUGCAAUUUUGUAUGUACGUUUGUUAAUUAGGUCCUUUGUACAUAAGUAGAAUUUUGGAUUGGUUUUUGAAAUUCAAUUCAUUUCCAAAGUAUUACAAAAUUAGUUUUAGAUGUAAUUUAACAAUCAAUGAUAUAUAACGAAGUUGAUUAUUUAUUUAUGUUUUUAAAAUUAAUGGGUUUUUAAAAAAUGUAUUAAAAGCAGUAAUGUUAACUGCUGUUUACUUCUGCAGUAAGUUAGUUAAGGGGCACAUCUAGUAUGAAAUUUCAAAAGGAGGAUGAAAGUUUAAAAUUUUUUAUUCUUGCAUCUAUCGAUAAUCUAUAACUUCAAAAAUAACACACCAAAAUUUUUGGUGAAUACUAAAUGUAUUGUUACAGCCUUUUAAAGUGUAGCCAUCAAUAGUCAAUGUAAGCAAUCAGUUUAUUAUUAAACGCGUUUUUUUCGAAACAGCAUUUUUCGAAUUUGCUGCAUUUAUUACUCGGAGACAAUAGAUCCGAUCACAUAAAAUUUUUUCCUCUUCUGUUUAUAGUUCUCCAUCAACAAAAUUCAACUUAAGAAAAAACAAAAAAGCCUGAUAUAUUCUCAUUUUUCUUUUAGGUUUCAUCCACAGAGGUAGACUAGUGUAGAAACCUCUUAAAUUGAUAACAAAAAAAAA